AUGCCAGAUACCGAGAAGUCGACCGUUCCCUUCGACGCCGAGAAGGACCUGCCUGGACCUCUCGCGGAUGCUAUACGCAAUGGCAGUGUGGAUAAAUCAAUCUUACAACAUGCUGGAGACGCAGAUGAGGCCUUGAAGGCUUUCAUGUCGCAUCCGGGUGAAGUCAUCGAGCUGGAUGAAGCCACAAACAAGCGCCUGUUACGGAAGAUUGACUGGAACUUGAUGCCGGUGCGGAUAGCCAGUCCAGAAAUACAUACGGCCCGUGCUGACACCACGCUCUUGUUCAGGNUCAUGUGCAUUGUCUAUGGACUGAACUAUUUGGACAAGACCACUCUAUCGUACGCCUCGGUUAUGGGAUUGAAGAAAGAUACAGAUCUACAAGGACUUGACUACCAAUGGCUUAGUUCGAUGUUUUACUUUGGUUACUUGAGUUUCGAGUACCCAACAAAUAGAUUACUACAACGGUUGCCAUUGGGAAAAUAUUCAGCGGUGAACAUUAUUCUCUGGGGUAUGACCUUGUGCACAUUCGCUGCCGUCAAAAACUUCUCAGGUGGCGUUGCUGUACGCUUCAUGCUUGGAGUCACCGAAUCUGCUGUCACGCCCGGUUUUGCCCUGUUGACGUCUCAGUGGUAUACCAAGAAAGAGCAAGGGUCUCGCACAAGCAUCUGGUUCUCAUUCAAUGGAUUCGCCCAGAUUUUCGGUGGUCUGGUAGCCUAUGGUAUUGCAAAAGGAACACGCCUGCACGGGUCCAGUAUUGAGCCCUGGAAGAUCAUUUUCCUGGUUACUGGAUGCUUGACCAUUUGUGUCGGACUCAUCUUUCUAUGGCUUGUUCCGGACAGUCAACUCAACGCACGCUUCUUGAGCAAAGAGGACCGCGUUCUCGCUAUUGAGCGUGUCCGAUGCAAUCAGCAGGGUAUUGGAAACAAGCACUUCAAGAUGUACCAGCUCAAGGAGGCAUUGCUGGAUCCUCUGACAUGGGCAUUUGUCUUCUAUGCUCUGGUUGCUGAUAUUCCUAAUGAAGAAUCUCUCCUCUACGGCACUCCUGGUGGUGCAGUCGAAGUGAUCGCACUUAUCGUUUGUGGCUACCUAGGCGACAGAUACGGCAACCGUCUCCUGGUUUCAACCUCCGGCCUUUGGAUCUCCACUCUGGGAAUGCUAUUGAUCGUCUGCCUGCCACUGCAUAAUAAUAUUGGACGCUUGUUCGGAUACUAUCUCACUCAAGCCUCGCCUACGCCAUUUGUUGCUUUGCUUAGUCUCAUCUCUACCAACGUCGCUGGAUGGACGAAGAAGACAACAGUCGCUGCUCUCUACCUGAUCGGCUACUGCGUCGGCAACAUCAUUGGCCCUCAGACCUUCCGUCCGAAAGAUGCUCCCAGAUAUAUUCCUGCAGAAAUUGUGAUUGUGAGUAUUUCACCAAGAUCGUUGCAAUGUCUCCAAGUAGCUGACCUUUUCUUCUUUUUUCACAGANUCGUGUGCUAUCUCCUCUGUAUUGUUGAUAUUGUCUUUAUCUACUGGUACUGCAAGCGUCAAAACAAGAAGAGAGCAGCUAUCCGUGCAUCGGAUUCGUACGUCAAGUUGGAGAAUCAGGAAUGGUUGGAUCUCACGGAUCGCGAGAAUCCCGAGUUCGUCUACACUCUGUAG